GGAGCUUUUUGGUUUGGUGGUCGUGCCAGUUGCUGUUUCCAGCGCGAUCUAUAUUCUAUUGCGCAGUGCAUUUCGUGCAAUCCUAGUGCUUUCCUUGCUGCUGACGGCGACUCUCUGUUGCAUUUCCUCAUGCAUGCUCCAGCGAAUGGAAGAACAUGAAAUAGCUUUCACGUUUCAACUCUUCGGAGUGUUGGAUUGCUGAACGAGGGACGCUGGUUGGCGCGAUCUUGUUCUCCCUCGACGGCUUGAAGCAUUUCCACCUAAUUACGAAGAUUUAGCACCCGUUGUUGGUUCGUGACGAUUUAGAGCUCUUUGGCGGAAGCGAAGAGCUAUGGUGGAAGAUGACUCCUCGUCAUCGUCUUCAGGCUCGGAUUCUGGAGAUGAUGAGAGCUCAGAUGAGGAAGUGAACGUUGACGAAGACAAUAACGAUCAAGCGGGUAGUGGUAAUGACAGUGAAGAUGGGGAGGACGACGAAGAGGAUGAUGAAGACCCUGAUUUGUUUGGGAAAAAUAAUGAAGAUUACAUGAAGACCACAGCUGUUAGUGCCUUACGCCCUCCAACGUUACCGGCAAGCUCAUUUCCUCGCAAACAAGAUUUUCGAGAUGCUGGUGGCCGGAGGGGGCCUCCAGAAAGAGGGGGGCCUGGGGGUCGUGGGAUGCGAGGAGUAGGAGGGGGAGGCGGCGGGGGAAUGGGAGGGGAUGGGUCUGGAUCUCUACUUCCUUGGAACCAAUUUUCGACUUUCGGGGGACCUUCAGGCAGGGGUGGAAGACCCUCUGAAGCUCUUGUAGCUGAUAUGAAGCUUGGGGCAACGGGUCACAACAACGACAUGUAUCGUGUAAAGUGUCCUCCAUUUCAGGAGCCUUCGCAUAUUGCAGGCUUCAGCAGGAGCGCAGAUGGGAGCGUGCAGUUUGAUGAGAGCUGUCUCCGCAGGUUUCGUCGAGAAAUACUUCAGGAAUCUGGUCUAGAUUUGAAUGAAGGUUUUGAUACUUAUGUUGAGAAGAAAGAGGAUGGUGCUGGAAGUGGAUUUGGUGAUCUAUUAGCUUGUCUACGAGACAAGCAGGUUCCACUUGAUAACAUUCACUUCGUCACAUACCGCAACAAUUUGAACAAAAUCCUUGGUACAGCAUACAAUAGACAAGACGUUUGGGAGAUGGGAGUUCACAAACGGCAGGGCACAGUAUACCUGGACGUUCAUAAGCUGCCUGAGGCUCCUCAUCUUGAUGUAACAAUGCAAAAGCGGCGGAGCUAUUGGGGUUAUUCUUUUGAAAGAUUUGCUACUGAGGCUCCCUCAUCGCGCCAAGUCAAUGGAACUGCAAGAAAGCCAAAGAAUGCUGUAAACGCAAAUGUGGAAUUUUGUGCAAUAGUGAAGACAAAACUUGGUCCACAUAGGAUUAUAAUGGGAGCGGAAAUGGAUUGUUACGAUACAGCCUCUGAUGGCAGGAAAUAUUUUGUUGAACUUAAAACAAGCCGAGCACUAGAUGCGAGGACCGUAGAUAGAUUUGAACGGGACAAGUUGCUUAAGUUCUGGAUCCAAUCUUUCCUUGCUGGAGUGCAGCGCAUUCUUGUUGGAUAUCGGGAUGAUGCUGGUCGGCUUCUCGGCACGGAAAUGAUGAGGCCACAAGAUAUUACUCAUCGUGUGAAGCAAAAGCAUCACUGGGAAGGUGGGGUUUGUCUCGCGUUCGCUGAUCAGGUACUUUGCUGGCUCUAUGGGAGUGUCAAAGAAGGUGAAGAUUAUACUCUUCGAUUUAACCGUCAUGCCAACAGGUUGGAACUUGUCAAAGCAAACUCCUGUCCGGACACAAUUUCUUCACACAUGGAUCUUCUCGCUGGAACUGCAACCCGGUAAUAUUCUUGAUGAUACGAUUUCCUAAUGAGGUGUACGCUCUCAAGAGGAUGGAUCAGAGAGAAUGUCCGACAUUAUGAAGUUUUGGUGUCGACUACAUCUCUUUCUGUUCUGACUGCCUUGCCGUUCAAUAGGGUAAGUGCAGUCUCUGUUCCGAAAGUAUUGAAAAUGGUUAGUGUACUUGCCACUAGUUGUCAAUGUAAUGCAUGCAAUAACGUCAUUCGGCAGCGGAUUAGUUAUUGUGAUAAAACCAAUAUAAUUUUUGAGAAUUUUUAAGAGCCGUAUAUGCUCUGUAGUUGAGUCAUCCUUUCGAUAACCUCAUAGCUAAAGGACUGAGGUAGAUGUGGUACUAUGUGAAUCAAAGAGGUGUGAGGUCGCAAUCUCGUUCGUUUUGACAUCAAACUCCUUAUUAUUCUCAGUAGCAUAUUCGAUCUGAUUGCUUCCAAGAUAGCUUUGGCAUGAGCUCUUUUAGUAUUUUGGGGCAGCAUAAGUAAGCUGGAACUACUUUGCAGUAGUUUAGUGCAAAGUGGGUUGCGGUUUUAAUUGUACAACUCAUGUGUCUUGUUACUUACAUAAUGUAUUGUUCAUUAGGCGGGAA